AACGGCGUCUCCUCUCCUCCUCAGCCCUCAUUCAAAACAGAGCACAGCUGUUGCGAGGCGCAUCGUCGUGCCCGGGAGUGCUAGCCUAAAAAACAAAAAAAACACACCACGGUUAGCAGCCUGCUUUCCUCUGAUGUACCCGCUGGAAUAUCAGAAGAAGAAAGAGCAAAAACGGCGCCCUUCGACAGCGGGGACCAGCCUUAGAGAAAGACAGGACUCCAGAGACAGAGAGAGGGAUACAGAACAACAGCCUAACUUCACUUCAAGCAUUAUGCACAUCUGACACCCAUCUGAGGGCCAGGCGGGCUUUGCUGCAGCUGAGGAUGAUGAAUGGUCUCCUGCACUAGAAGUAGAUGGUGUGGGAAUGAUGGACCUCCCUAAUGGCCAAUCCAGCAUCUCCACCACCGGUGCAACAGUCUCUGAGAAGAGCAGCAGCUCAGAAUCUCUCAGUGAUAAAGGAUCUUCGGAGCUGAAGAAGAGUUUUGACGCAGUUGUGUUUGAUGUACUGAAGGUCACUCCUGAGGAGUAUGCAGGCCAGAUUACGCUCAUGGAUGCUCCUGUGUUCAAAGCCAUCCAGCCAGAGGAGCUAUCAAGCUGUGGCUGGAACAAGAAGGAGAAGCACAGCUCUGCUCCAAAUGUUGUGGCCUUUACCUGCAGGUUCAACCAGACGAGUUUCUGGGUGGUACGAGAGAUCCUCCAUGCGCAGACGUUGAAGAUCAGAGCUGAGGUGCUGAGUCUGUAUAUUCGCACUGCCAAGAAACUGUGUGACAUGAACAACCUCCAUGCAGUCAUGGCCGUAGUAUCAGCAUUACAAAGUGCUCCCAUCUUCAGGCUUACCAAAACCUGGGCGUUACUGAAUCGGAAGGACAAGGCAACGUUUGACCGGCUCGACUACCUGAUGACCAAAGAAGACAACUAUAAACGCCUGAGAGACUACAUCAGCAGCCAGAGCAUGGUCUCUUGUAUACCAUACCUAGGAAUGUACCUUUCUGAUCUGACAUACAUAGAUUCAGCCUACCCCUCCACGGGCAGCAUACUGGAGAACGAACAGAGAUCAAACCUGAUGAACAACAUUCUCAGAAUCAUAUCGGACCUGCAGAGAUCCUGUACCUAUGAUAUACCAGUGUUGCCUCAUAUACAGAAGUAUCUCAACUCAGUCAGGUAUAUCGAGGAGCUGCAGAAGUUUGUGGAGGACGACAAUUACAAAUUGUCCCAGAAGAUUGAGCCAGGCACCAGCACACCACGAGCAAACGCCUCCAAAGAGGACCUUGUCGGUCAGGAAGCAUCAGCAUCUCCUCUUUGCGGCCGUAAGUGUACGGUGGCAGCUGAUGGAACCAAAGUCCCAGCAACACCUCCAUCCCCCAGGAACCUUCUGCCCUAUGGACACAGGAAGUGCCACAGUCUGGGCUACAACUUUAUUCAUAAGACAAGUACAGUCGAGUUUAAAAGUGCUACAUUUCCCAAUGCUGGCUCUCGCCAUCUGUUGGAUGACAGCGUGAUGGAAAGCCACAGUCCUACCAGGGGACAAGCAGAAAGCUCGACUCUGUCCAGUGGCAUUUCACUUGGGAGCAGUGAAGGCUCCGAGCUCAGUGAAGAGAUGUCUUGGCCGGCUUUUGAGAGGACUCGGUUCUAUCACUCUCUGGGCCCAGUGAUCCGUGUGGCCCGCAUCCCCUACAGAGGAGUCCUGAGGCCCAGCAGCUCAGCUGAGUCAGAGGAACUUGCAGUUCACUUGUACCCUGGAGCAGUCACAGUGCAAGGGGUGCUGAGACGCAAGACUGUACUCAAAGAGGGCAAGAAACCAACUGUGGCAUCUUGGACCAAAUACUGGGUUGCUCUGUGUGGAACCCAGCUCUACUACUACCCUGCCAAGUCCUUGAAGGCCACUGAGCGAAAACAUUUCAAGUCCACGUCCAGUAAGACCGUGUGUGUGGUGGGUCUGAUGGCCAUGAUGGCUGACGAUCCUGAGCACCCUGACGUCUUCUUGCUGACCGACUCUGAGCACGGUAACACUUACAAGUACCAGGCAGGGAACAGAACGAAUGCUUUGCUCUGGUACAAACAUCUGAGUGCUGCCUGUCAGAGCAAUAGGCAACAGGUGCCAGCCAAUCUGAUGUCAUUUGAGUGACCUAUGCUGCAAAGUGCGGCUGAGCAGAGGAGAGAGGGAUGAGGAGACAGACGAGGACGACGGGGAAGGAGUACUGACUCAGUAAUGGGAGCUUUCACUGCCAUGAGCCCUGACCACCGAUUCUCCGAUUCUUGCCCUGGCCUCACUGCAGCCUCACCUGCCACCACUGCCUUAACCAGAGUACCCUGUGUGUUUGUAUGUGACAGUGAAUGCAAAUCCGUGUGGAUGAAAGUGACUGUUUUGGAUGUAUUGACUACUGAACAAGGACCUGCACCACUGCUCAUGUGUCCUGCUUGCUUCUCUUCAGCACCUUCACUGGAGCCAAUUUGACGACUUCUCGCUGACAGAAUGACAGUUUUUUUGGGGGGGCAUAACCCCUCACCCCCUUAUUUUUUUUUUUCUCCUUUUUCCCUCCCCAGUGGGUAAACUAUUUAACCCCCCCUCUCCCCCCAUGCUUGAAAGCAAAUUUUCCAUCUUUUUAAUUCAGCUGCAUAAACAAUCAGAAAACACACUUAGACUAACUCACUGGACUUUGGACUUUUUGCUUACUUGAUUCACACUUUAAGUUGUUGGUCACUUCAAUCACUUAAAUUGGCUCAAAGUCACAUGGUUAUUUAUAUUUAUAUUUACCAUGUAGACACACACACACACACACACACACACACGCCCGCACACACACAAACACACAGAAACCUAUAUGAUUGCAUCGUUGCAAAAUUAAGGGCUCUUAUUCGCAAUCAAUUCCAGCAGAAACAAUUCCCACACUUCCUGAAUGUGUCUAGUUUUUAUUACGGAACUUACUCCCACCCUUUUGGCCAUAUACUAAAUGUUCAGUAUGUGCUGGUGUAGCUGCGCUGGGUGGGAGGUUCACCUUAAUCAGAGGAGUCUUGUCUGUAUUCCACAGAGGUACGAUAAUCCCAGAAUCUAAGCUAAGACGUGUUCACGGUCGGAUAGAUAAGAGUUUUACUCGUUUUCCUCCAGUGUUGACUGCUCGCUGUAGCCUGACAUCUGCUCAGAAGAGCGACGCUUUGUCCACCAGACUCACACAUACACAUAAACACUAAAGACUUGAAACUGUGAAAGAUUCAAAGAAAGAGAGCAACAGAAACUUGGGGCGAUUUAUCUCCUCUGGUUUGGAGCAGACACUCAAAGCUACCUGGAGCCAUACAGUCUAUUUUAAAUCUUUGUUUAUGAUGUUUUGUUCUUUUUUUCUUUCUUUUUUUGGUUCUUUUUUGAGGGGGAGGUGAGGGGAGUGCAGUUCACAGUAUUACCAUGUAGUAGAUGAUUGCACAACAACAUAGUUUCUGUUACAUUUGAAUGUCAUUUUCUCUUUUUUUUUGCAUUUAUUUUGAAUAUUUUAUGUACAUGUGAAUUUUAGUUUUUCUGUUUUUGACCCUCAUCCUGGUAACCCUGACCCAGCUCAACUUCAGGCUGUAACAGUUUUGCAUCUAAUUUUUUUUUUGGAAAUGGCAUUAGCACCAUAGUUAUUGUAAGUAGUACAAAGUGAUGUUGCCAUCAAAAUGUUUUUUUUCUACUGGUUUAUGAAAUGAAUGGCAGAGCUGCCGCGUAAUUACUUGUAUUUACUCAUAAGUUUCAGUUGGGAAAAACCGGGGAUUUACAGUUUCCACUGUGCAUCCCGUAUAUGUCAGUAUACCACAGAUUGACUUUUGUGGUUUGUUUUUAUAAAAACAUGAGCAGAGUGGUGGCGGUGCACACAAAAACAAUGAGGUGCUUUUUGCCCAGUAAUAGUCAAACAUCAAAUUUUUACUUUUAAUAGCUGUUUACACCGUAUGUUUACACAAUCCUAGGCCCAAUAUCACAGUCCUUUCACUGCACAUACUGUAUUUAAUAGUAAGCAUACAUACUGUUAGUGUGGUCUAUUAACAGCAAAUUUCAGGCUGUUGAUAAAGGAUAAUGGGAUGAACAUGUUCCAUGCUGAUAGCUCCCUAAUGGACUUCAGUUUUUCCUGACGUCAUCUCCAGGAUGACGUCCAGUUCAUUGAGUUUCACUUCUUUGUUAACUAAAGGAGAUGUGGUAGUGGAUAAACCUGUGAAAGAAUGAAUGAGGGAGCCAAAAAUAGGCCUGUGUAAUGUGACAGUCAGUGAAAGUAUGUGCGCGCAUGUGUGUGCCUGUGCAUACAUCUCUAUUUUUAUAAUAACAUUGUAAUUCAAGCCAGAUUAGGCGAUCUCUUGAGACUGCCAUCACUGCUGAGCAGUGUGGGUAACCAGCUACCUAAUCGCGUGCGGGUGACCUCCAGUUCGCGCUACGGUUCAACGUCGAGUUGUGCGAGCUGUGUGACGUUCUGAAGAAAGGGCGACUCGUGAGGAGCGAGCGAGUGGAACUCAUCUGUGUCCGCUGUUGCUGGAGCUGCACACUGAGGAGAGACUUUGUGAAGCAACAAAAAUCCCAGAGUGACGUACUGCGGAGGCUAACGAAUGUUUGAGUACUGCUGGUUGGCCCAAAGUGACAAAGAGGGGCUGUGAAUUAAACGGAUAAUAUGUGAGAGAGCUCGGGAUGGGUGGCUGAGAGACGAUUGUGUUUAAAGAUGCUGGUUAUUCUGUCUUAACUGACGUUUUCAGACAGUUUGUCAUUUUCAAUGUGUCAAAUGAGUUCGUACGACAAAGGAAGAAUUAAAGCAAAAAAGAAGCAGACACACAAAGAAAGCUCAUCUUGAUCGUCAACAUCCCCUUCACGUUUCUUUUCUUCGUAUUCGUUUUAUUUGAUGAUGAUUGAGAAGGAUGAAAGACAAAGACGUGUGUAGCUGUGGAUACCAGAACAGGGUUUUGGGGGGCGUCUUUGAAUCUGGGUACAACAGUCUCUCUUUCUGAGAGAAACCCAAAUUGUCAAGCAUUUUUUUUUCUUUUGUGUGGUUUUCUUCACUGUAAUCUGAGUUUACAUGUUCGUUCUUUUUUGCUGUACAGCAUGUGGUCAAAAUAGUGGAAACAGGUGUUUAAUUAAGAGAUUUGGUUUUCAAGAUCAACCACUACUGCUUUCUGUUUUUGGAGAGUGUAAUAUAGCCACUCUCCCUUUAAGAUAAUUUUAGGUUUUUUUUAAUGAAGAAAUUUGAUGUCAUGCUUGAACAUUUUCUUCUCUUCAUUAUGAACUUGUAUAGUUUCCUUUAAACUGACCAUACUGUCUGCACAUGCACAGCUUGCCCUGUAUUAACUGUUGUGAGUGAAACUCAUUCUGGAUUUUAAUGGUCUCACAGUUGAGAUGAAGGGUUUGUUGGGAGGAUGUUUGUUCUUUUUUGGUUGGCUGGAGAAGUGGAUCCAAUGUGAAUCUGUGCCUCACGUGCACCAGCCAGGCAUCAUUCUCUGUUUACCAAGGACGGCAACAACAGCAUGCCACAUUUAAGGCAUCCAAGUUGAUUGGGGGGGUGCAUAAAUGACCUUUGCCCUUUACCUGGCUCUGUGUGUUUGUCUGUCUCUGCCUGUGUCGUGACUGUGGCGAGCGCCAUGACCUCUCCUCUGAGCGAUGUGCUGCCUAGUUUGAAGACUGAGUACCAAUAAACACUCUUCCCCCCUUUUUUUUUUUUCUUUUUUAACUCCAUAUCAGUUUUGUGCUCGUUCUGUUGAAGGUUUUGUGUGUGUGUGUGUGUGUGUGUGUGUGUGUGUGAGUGUGUGUGUGUGUGUGUGUGUGUGUGUGUGUGUGAGACUGUGAAAUGAAGCACAGAUGUGUGGAGGUGAAUGUGAGUCUUGGUCGUAUUAUAUGUCUCAGUACUAUUUGACAGUUUCAUCCCCCCUU